AUGGCUCCCCCAGCUGCCGCCACCUUGGACGACGGCGGCGAGAGCGACUACGGAUCUGACUUUUCGAUAGGAGAGGAAGAUAUUGUAAAUAAGCUCCUGGAGGACCUGGGGAAUAACACAUCAUCGCUUAGCAACACUACAACUACCGCUCACGAUUAUACGCAAUUCGUCUCGCCCGUCGUUUCUCCCGUCGCCUCACCCACUAGCACUACUACAACUACUACUAUAACGACUGCUAGUAGCUUGUCUAUUCCGCCCGUGCCGCUUGCCAAAGAUGAUAAGUACCGCGCGUCGAGUUUGUGUACUCGCCCCAACGGUACCCUUCCCACUAAAAUCGAACAGUCCACGGCUGCUCACGAAUCCCUCAACUCGAACCCGCGUGUAACAUCGCCUUUGCCAUUAGGCGGUGUCCAAUAUCCAGAUCUUAGUAGUAUAUUAUCCGAUCCCAGAUCUAAUACAACGCCCAAAUUAGAACCUGCCCAGCCUCCAAAAGAUGCCCCUUCUCCCAUGCAGCGUUUCCGUUCCUUUCCCAAAAAGCCGCUUACAGUCUCCGACUUAGCUUCUGGUGCUUGGUGCGAGCUACAGUAUUGGUACACGCUUACCCUGUUACCCGGGGGGAAGAAGACGAGAACGGCGGCGAUGCGGGGUGGCACUCGUGUCCAUCAAACCUUAGAGGAUCAGGUACACACCACGGUCCAAGUCAGCAUUAACACCAAAGAAGAGGCGUUUGCAUUGCGAAUAUGGAACGUCAUCCAGGGCCUCCGCACUCUCCGGGAUGUUGGUAUGACUAGAGAGCUUGAAGUAUGGGGGAUCAUCGAAGGUCAAGUCGUAAACGGCAUCAUAGACGAAGUGAGCCACGAUAGUCCGAAUGCCGCAUUUGAGCAAGAGCUCAGCCAAUCCGAAUCAUCCAAGGGCUUCGCCACAAGCUACCCAAAACAGCAGACGUCCAUGGCAGACUUUUUGGAACCGCCCCGUAAAAAGUUUUACUUGACUGAUGUCAAAACAAGAGGCUCGGGUAGACUGCCUACUGGCGCCGCGCUCAGGCCCGCCAGGGUCCAGCUAUUCUUGUACCAUCGACUUUUAGGCGAAAUGGCCUCUGGCGCGGUAGAUUUUACUGCUAUUUUGGAUAGAUAUGGCCUGACAGCCGAUGCCUUAUUCUCUGAUGCUUUCAUGGCUCAGGUAGGCGACCUACACGAUGAAAUAUUCUACGACGCGGAUUCGGACGUUGGAGGUGCUUCGUCGUCUCGUUCUACGCGUAGCGGGUGUGAUACAGAUUGGCCGGAUCCAUCUUCAAAUCUGCUUCCUCAGGAUCUGAUUAGAUAUCGAUCCAUUACACAGAUGCUUCCGCUAUUGCAGUCCGAACUCCGCGAAACCUUCCCGCAGGGCGCCGCCACUAUCGGCGAACUUCUCGCUGUCCAGUAUCGCCAUAGGGAGGACUGUCGCAUUCUCGGUAACAAUUCGUUUCCUAACGAUCCCGAGGCUUUAGAGGGGUACCUUAGACAGAACUUCAAGUGGUGGCGCGGCGAGAGGGAUGCUGAGGGUGUUUCCAUCGAAGAAACUUAUAAGUGUAGGUCAUGUGAAUUUGCGGAAAGUUGUCAAUGGCGAAAGGACAAAGAGACCGAAUUUUUACAAAAGAAAAGGGGUAUCACAGACUUGAGGACCUAG